AUGAAGGCUGAAGAUGAGAAAUUUUGGCAGUGGAUAUCUGCAAAAGAUGAAACCUAUUCUUCUUUUCAUGAUUCAGAGUACGAUUUCUUUUACGAGCCUUUAAAUCGUCCCAAUUACCGGCCAUAUGAAGACUAUCGACUGUGCUUUUGUGUGAACCGGGAACAUUUUGUCGCAUCAGAGCCUUCUGGCCCAUUCACUCGGUCUCUGCUAUACAUUCCUAUCACUGAUACGUAUCCAAGGUGUCCCUAUGAUAUAUCCUUCAUUCCUGACAAGUUUAAACUUCUUAGGGUGUUGGAUUUGGAAACUAUCAAUAUGGGCAUCUCCUUUGCAAGUGGAAUUGAUUUGCUUCUGAAUUUGAAGUACUUAGCAGUUGGUGGUGAUAUAGAGUCCAUUCCACCAUCUUUGUCCAAACUGCAAAAUCUCGAAACCUUGGUUGUGAAGGGUUUGAAGAAAAAGGUAGUACUGCCAGACACCAUUUGGAGAAUGAAGAACUUGAAGCAUGUUCAUGUAACUAAUCGGGCUAUCUUCACUCUGCAUUUUGCUGAAGAUGCAAGUAUCUCUCGGCUGGACAACUUGGUCUCGCUAUCCUUGCCGUGUUUUAAAUGUCAGAAGCCAACUAACGACAUGAUAAUGAGGUUUCCAAAUCUUCGAUAUUUGAGUUGCGUGGCAUUAGGACCAAGCGAUGAUUUUGUGGACUUCUGUGAGUUUCUUGCGUUGGAAUCACUGAGCAAGUUAGAGGAGUUGAAGAUAAUGUAUCAUGGUAAGGUUCUCAAUGCUGGUCAGCUCAACUUUCCUCCGAGUUUGAGGAAACUAACUCUAUCAAACUUCCGCCUUCCUUGGAGUUACAUCUCAGUGAUCAGGGGAUUACAGAACCUGGAGGUCCUCAAAUUGAUUUCGCAAGCAUUUGAAGGAUCAAGCUGGGACAUGGAAGAUCUGGAGUUUGGUAAACUGAAAUACUUGAAAUUGGAUACACUAGACAUUGCCCACUGGGUUGCCUCCUGUGAUAACUUGCCUGAGCUUCAGCAGCUUGUUGUGAAGAAUUGCAAGCAGCUUGAGGAGAUUUCGGUUGAAGAUUUCCCAACUUUGCAGAAGAUUGAAGUUCAAGGCUGCGGCAAGUUACCUGAAGAGCUCAUCCAAACAAUAAAAGAGGUUGAGGGGCUUGAGGUUGUUAUCAACAACUAA